GUUCACCCCGACACCGGAAUUUCUUCCAAGGCCAUGAGCAUCAUGAACUCUUUCGUUAAUGAUGUCUUUGAGCGUAUUGCUAACGAGGCUUCUCGUUUGGCUCACUACAACAAGAGAUCUACUAUCUCUUCCCGUGAAGUCCAAACUGCCGUCAGACUUAUCCUCCCAGGAGAGCUUGCCAAGCACGCCGUCUCUGAAGGAACCAAGGCCGUCACCAAGUACACCUCAAGCAAGUAA